AUCACCGCGGCUUCAAGACAAGUGCACAGCGCUUUAGAUUAUAUGCAUCCAUAGACAUUGUGUUUCUGGGGUAAUACCAGCCCGACAGUAAAGAUCGUCUGCUUACCAGGGGUCUCGCACAUUUGAACGCAGGCAAGUUAAUUGAGGGCGUCGCUGUGCAAUCCGGACAGAAAAAUGAGGCCAAGUGAGCGUCCAGCGCAAGCCGAUACUGGCCCUCAGAAGCUGCGACGUACCCGGGCAAUGUCCAUAUAGUAGACACCGGGCAGACUCGACCCCUGUAUAUGGGCGGGCUUCAAUUCGCCAAUGCCGGUAAGGUCACCACUGUCUUUGCAGCUCCUUGUUGCAGAGCCGUUGCGAGAGUUUUGGCCAUCCAUUCGCCUUUUUACCGGUUCAGAAACUACCACCUCAGACACGCAGCGGCACGUUAUCAGAGCCUUGUCUGGUGUUCGAGCGCAAGCCAGAUGGCAUCGCAGACUCAGCACCCAGUCCCCUUUGCGGGACAAACCCGGUAUAUGCAGAUGCUGUUGGAGGUAGAUUCCAUGCCCUGGAUGUACAAUGUCAUUGCUAGCAUUGCCCAUUGGACCUUGCUCGCGGGGUAUCUGAUAGUCCCGGGCACCUUCACGGCGCUGCAGAAAUCUGGCCAAGUCCAGGACGCGCUGGCAAAGGACGACGUGGGACAGGCCGUCCUGAACACGGUCCAAAACCCCCCGCUUCUCGCGAUUGCCUGUAUUCUGUUUGUGGCAUCCACUGCCGCGCUCGGGUGGCUCUACUGGGAAUGGCGGAGCAACUACAUCUGGCUCGUGAAUCGACUGUUCUCGCCAAUCAUCAUGAAGGCGGCCGCUGGGCUUGCGACCACGCUCAUCAAUAUCUAUACUGCACGAGACGGGGACUGGUCUAUCAUGGCGCUGAUCACCACCAUCAUAACCGGAGUUACGCUGGUGGCUGCCUGCUCGCUGACCAUAGUGUUCGAGUUCAUCAAACCCAAGGAGGUCCAAGAAGCCCAUCGGCGUGAAGUAUAUCUCGGGGACCCGAGGCGGAGUGCCUGA